AUGAUUUCCAGUACUGCCGUUAUGGCAUUUGAAUGGACAAUCCUCGUUCUUGCGUAUGUCCUGGUCGCUUGUCGUGUUUAUGUCCGCAUGUUCCUGCGAGGCGUUGGCUUACACGCUGCCGACUACUGGUUGAUCGUCGGUUUAGUAUCCUGCCAGGGUCUCCUCAUCUGUGAUACCCUGACAUUCAGGAUGCAUGCCAUGGACGAUUUUGUACUUGCGAGUAACAGUAUACCUAUCAAGAAGAUCAGAUUCGCGACGAACUACUUCUUCGACGUGGGCAUCUACUUCCCAAAGUUCAGUAUCAUCGCCUUUUACUUUAACCUCGUGCCCGUUACAAACCCAAUGAUGAGGCGUUCCCUUUUUGCCUUGACUGGUAUAACCGUGGCCUUUGCGUUUAUCACCGUCUUUUGUGAUACAUUCUGGUGUGGGCCUAAUCCUUCACUCAACUGGGCGGAAGGAGAUCAGAAGUGCACCGUUUUUACGUCAAUGACUCUCAUGAGGUUGAAUUGGGCUUUGAACUUCAUCACAGAAGUGCUCAGUAUAUCUUAUAUUCCCUAUUCCGCUACUACAAGGCCUCAUGACCUCAACAAAAAGAAGAUCGGACUAGCUGUCGUCUUUGGAAUGGGUAUUAUCACAAUCGCCGUCAGUGUUGGCAGAUUCGUCACAAUGCUCUACGUCAGCAAUGACAUAUCCAUUUAUAUUUGGGCCACAGCCGAAAUCUGUAUAUCUGUCAUGAUCGUCGCCCUGACAGCUCUCCGACCACUCCUCCGAAAGAUGACCAACUCCAUGUCCACGAGCAGUGACGAUCGCUCAGGGAAUCCAUCAAGGAGAACAGGAUUGACAAGGAGUUCGAUAUAUUGGCCAGGAGGAAACAAGAUACCUCGAAGACAUGUCGUUGAAGUAGGCUCAGAGAGUCUGGCGGGAAGUGAGACCGAGUUGAAUAACAUGAGUCACGGAAUUAUGAUGACAAAACAGGUCACUGUGUCGGUUGGUAAAGCGGAGUCAGAUGCAGAAAGUAGUCGAUAA